AUGAAAAUAAAUAUAGCAACAAUUGAUCUUCAUCACACUGUACUUCAUAAGUGUCCUGAUAGAUUCAAUAUAUCUGAUAACAUUAAAGUUGAAAUAAAAAAUAUUUAUCAAAUGCCUGCAGAUAUUUUUAAACAAUUAGAACAGCAGCAUCCAAAUCUAACUCAAAAACAAGUUCAUAUAUGGUGGACUUAUUUUUUAAGAAAGGAAUAUCUUCGUGACGAUAAUCAAUUAAUUUUUACUAAAAUAUUAGUAGAAGAAAAUAAAUGUAAAGUUAUUUUGAUCAACAAUCAAUAUAUUCAAUAUUUGGGCUUUAUUAUACUGUUUUUUGAAUUAUUGAAAAAUAAUAAGGAAAUAGUUAUAGAUGCUACAUAUAAGACGACUGCUUUGGAGGUUACUAAUUCAAUUAAUGACAAUGAUACUAAAUCAAUGCAAAUAUUUAAGAAAUAUAAUGCAGUAAUUUCUGAUGCACUCAAAAUUGUACAAGAACAAGAAAAUGCUAAUAAUAUUCAAUGGGCACAGUCUGUUCAAGAAAGUUUUAAAGGCAUACAAAAUUUAGUAACAGAUAUUUAA